UGUCCAAUCACAGGCUGCUUUUCAUAGAGGUCGCCUAAACGGGCGAAUGAUAUCGACCCGCUUUAGCCGAGGCGGAACUUCCGGUUCGUGGUAUAAACCAACUGAGGCCUCUCCAUGCGGUUGUGAUCUAUCGGGGCAGUCGAAGCUAACACCGAAACGACAAAUACAAUGGCUGAGAAUGACGUUGACAACGAGCUCCUUGAUUAUGAAGAGGAUGAGGAGCCUCAAGGAGCCCCCGAGAGUGCAACCCCAGCAGGCAAGAAGGAGGUGAAAGGUUCCUAUGUUUCCAUCCACAGCUCUGGUUUCAGGGAUUUUCUUCUGAAGCCGGAGCUUCUCCGCGCCAUCAUUGACUGUGGUUUUGAGCAUCCAUCUGAAGUGCAGCAUGAAUGCAUCCCACAAGCUAUCCUGGGCAUGGACAUCCUGUGCCAAGCCAAAUCUGGUAUGGGCAAGACGGCUGUGUUUGUGUUGGCCACCCUGCAACAGAUCGAACCCGUUGACGGACAGGUGUCUGUAUUAGUCAUGUGUCACACACGAGAGCUGGCCUUCCAGAUCAGCAAAGAGUACGAGCGUUUCUCCAAGUACAUGCCCACCAUAAAAGCAGCCGUAUUCUUUGGUGGCCUGCCUAUCAAGAAAGACGAGGACGUCCUGAAGAAGAACUGCCCUCACAUCGUUGUCGGAACUCCGGGCCGUAUCCUCGCCCUGAUCCGGAACAAGACGCUCAGUCUGAAGAACGUCAAGCAUUUUGUCCUGGACGAGUGUGACAAAAUGCUGGAGCAGCUAGACAUGAGGCGUGAUGUUCAGGACAUCUUCCGGAUCACACCGCAUGAGAAGCAGGUCAUGAUGUUCAGUGCAACACUGAGUAAGGAAAUCCGUCCAGUGUGCCGCAAGUUCAUGCAAGAUCCCAUGGAGGUGUUUGUGGAUGACGAGACCAAACUUACACUCCACGGCCUGCAACAGUACUACUGCAAGCUGAAGGACAGCGAGAAAAACCGCAAGCUAUUUGACCUGCUUGAUGUGUUGGAGUUCAAUCAGGUGGUGAUCUUCGUCAAGUCAGUUCAGCGCUGCGUCGCUCUGUCCCAGCUACUGGUGGAGCAAAAUUUCCCUGCCAUUGCCAUCCACAGGGGAAUGGUUCAGGAGGAAAGGCUGUCUCGCUAUCAGCAAUUCAAAGACUUCCAGCGGCGGAUCCUGGUCGCCACAAACCUUUUUGGCCGAGGGAUGGACAUUGAGCGAGUGAAUAUCGUCUUCAACUACGACAUGCCAGAAGAUUCUGACACCUAUUUGCACAGGGUUGCCCGUGCUGGUAGGUUUGGGACCAAAGGCCUGGCUAUAACCUUUGUGUCAGACGAGACUGAUGCCAAGACUCUAAACGAUGUGCAGGACCGCUUUGAAGUCAAUGUGGCAGAGCUGCCAGAUGAGAUUGACAUCUCAUCUUACAUCGAGCAGUCCAGAUGAGUCCCCCGGCCAAACGGCAGUCUGCUCUUCGUGGAUCUCGUCUUGUAUUUGGAAGUAGACGUACUUCACCGUUGAUUUGAAAGCUCUGCAUUUCCUCUGUUCACCAAACAUUUAUUUUUAUUGUCAGUUUUUAGGGGGGUUUGGUUUUAAUUUGUCUUUGUUUUGCUUAAUGGAAUUAAAACUUUUUAUAAAAUGUCAUUUUACUGUUGUGGUCACUUAUGAGGAUGCUGUCUCUGCUCAGUUUUCAUUGGUUUCAGUCUCAGCAGCGACAGAGCUUCAGGGAAACCUUCAGAGGAACAUGUGAUAGGAGUCUGUGCUUUUUCUUUAUGUCCAAGCAAGAUUUGUAUAGGAGAUGUUUUGUUUUCCUUCCCAGUACAAAAAAAGUGGCUGUUUGGAUGGUAAUCAAAAAGUUGUAAAGACCCAAAUUUGGCUCAUAUGGCAGCUCUUUCUAUGGAUUUUUAACUGAAUAUCCUCCAAUAAAUGAAGUCACCACAUGAA